CACACACAAAACCUACUACCAUGGCCGACAACAAUACCGCUAUCCCCAAGGGCUCAUGGGUCCUGGUGACCGCUGCAAACGGCUACACGGGGAGCCACGUCGUCAUGGAGCUGCUGAAGCGAGGUUUCAAGGUGCGCGGAACUGUGCGCGAUCUAUCCUCUGGCCAGUGGCUCCUGGAUGAUGACUUCGUUGCACCGUACGCGAAACGCGGCGACGUUGAGCUCGUCGUGGCCGACACGAGCAUCCCCAACGCCUUCGACAAUGCCGUCAAGGGCGUUUCCGCGGUGAUCCACGUCGCGAUCAUCACCGACUUGGUGGCAGAUCCCAACGUCGGAAUCCCUGCGACCGUCGAGGCGGCUCUGACCGUGUGCCGAUCUGCAGCGCGCGAGCCCUCUGUAAAGCGGUUCGUCUUUACCUCCACCUUCUUCGCCGCAGCGAUCCCGACGCCAGACGUCACGGAGACCAUCACGAAUCUCGACACGUGGAACGAGGCGGCUUUGCAGGCUGCUUGGGCUCCGCCGCCAUACGAAGCUGACCGAAUCAUCCCCGUGUACUGCGCUUCCAAGGUCGAAGCAGAGAAGGCAGUGUGGAAGUUCGUCAAGGACGAGAAGCUACCCUGGGUUGUCAACUCGGUCAGCCCUUGCUCCAUCUUGGGAGACAUUCGGAUCGAUAAACACCUCCGGUCUAUCCCGCCUCAGCUGCUGGAACAGCUGUACCUUGGCAACACAGCGGCGUUGCAAGGAACCCCCGCGCUCUACUAUUCGCACGUCACCGACGUAGCUGUGAUGCAUGUUGCCGCCGCACUCGAUCCAAAUGUCAAAGGCCGACGCAUCCAGGUGCUUGCGAAGUCGUUCAAUUGGAAUGACUGUCUCAAGAUCUUGCGCAAGGCCUAUCCGAACCGCAAGUUUGUUGACAACUUUCUGACGGGCGAUCCCACCUUGGUAUACAAGAUCGAGAACGACAUUGCUCCUAGCUUGAUGCAGAAGUGGGCUGGCCGUGACUGGAUCAGCUUGGAAACCACGAUUGAAGAGACGAUGGAUUUCAUCGUGAAGCAUAAGAAGUUGCAGUGA